AUGAAUAAUUUAGAUUAAUCAAUUUAAUCGGAAUUCAAUGAGUUUACAGCUUAAUUUUAAUAAUAAGAGAAAGUCAUUAAUAAUCCAGAAUCAUUAUCCUUCUAAAAUAAAUCUGAGUAACUUUAUCAAAAUUAAUCAAUACAAUUUUAAUCAGCUGAACAAUUACAAUCAUUUUAAUAGAGCUUUAAUCAUUUUUAAGACUUUCCUUAAGUUGAAUUAUUAGAUACAUCAUAAAAUGAAACAGAACAAUAUCUAAAUAUAAGUUUUUAAGAUAUCAUAUAGCUUCUCUUUAAUAAUGAAUGUCCUCAGCUAAACAAUGUCCUUAAAACUGUUAUUUUUAGGAGUUGUAUAAUCAUAAAUGUAUUUACAAUUCUCAACUUAAUUUUUAUUAUUAAUGAAGUAGUAGCCUUAUAUUUUUCAUUAAUUACUAAGGAUGAGAUAAAAGAAUUAUUCAGUGUUUAUUUUGGAUUCAAUCUAAUCUCUGAUUGUUUAGUCAUCUAUAUUAAUUGUCAACUUAGAUAUACUAUAAAUGAAGCUGAACAAAUAAAUCAUGGAGAUGUAACUCAUUCAAUUAUUGAAUACUUAAAAUAUACAAUAAAAUUAAAUAGUCCAUUCGAAGAUAUAUUAGAUGAUGAAGAAUAGAGUUCCUAAGCAUAAUAAGUAGCUAUUAGUAUCUCUGAAAAGAUAACAACAACUAAAUGGAUAUCAUAUUUGCUUGAAAGUUAAAAUUCUUAAAUGUUUGCUUUAAAUCGUGUAUGUUUAUUGGUUAAAAUGAUAUUAUUUGCUUGGGGUAAUAUCACAAUAAUAUAAUGGGCAUUUCUGAAUUGGAAUGAUAAAAUGAAGGGAAUGGAUUAAUUUGAAUUCAUAUUGAUAAUUUUGACAUUGAUCUCAAUGUUGAUAGGUUACAUGGUUAUAGCUAUGAUAAUAUGUAUAAUAUUAAUGAUAUGUGCUAUCAUUCCUAUAUUAAUAGGAAUGGCUAUAUGGUAAUCAUGUAGUUGGUGUACUGAUCUUUAUUAUGAAUAUAAACAACAUAGAAUAGAAUAAUAAAGGAUUGGAUUUCUAUCAAAUUUAAAUUCACAAAAAUUUUAAGAUUUAAAGAAUUAGGAUACGAAUAUACAUGAAGAAUGUUCAAUAUGUUUAUAGACCUAUUAAAUUGAUGAUAAUUGUGUUAAAUUACCUUGUAAUGUAGAUGGUGGUAAUAAGAAAAUCAAUCAUAUUUUUCAUGAUGAAUGUAUAAGAAUUUGGAUACAAGAUUAAGGUUCUUGUCCAAUAUGUAGAACUAUAUUUAUUGAAAGACUUGAAAAUUGA